CUUAGACCACGCUGGCCUCUACUUAAGUCUGUCACUCUGCCACUCUGCCACUCUUCCACCUGCAAACAAACAAUUGUCCUUUCCAUUCUCUCUCUUCUUGCUGACUUACCUCUGACUCAAUUUCCCCUGAGUCUGGAUCUCCGGUGCCGUGAUGGCAGCGUGGCCUUGACUAGGUUAAUCUCAUCUUACCCCUCAAGUGUCUUCAUCUGAACAGAACCUUGCAUCCGGCACCGGUAUCCAAUAUCAUGGCCAACACUAUCAACCCGUUGGACACUUCGCGAACAUCUCCUGAUCCCGAAAUGUACACAAUCUCCCCCGCAGAUACAUCACUGGACUCGCCAGAGCCAGAGGAUGACACCAAGGAGGAAGAGGACGAGAAGAAGCCAGCAAAGAAGAGAAAGUCUUGGGGACAAGAACUUCCAAUCCCAAAGACAAACCUACCUCCUCGCAAACGCGCUAAGACAGAUGAUGAGAAAGAGCAGCGUCGGAUAGAACGGGUCCUCCGGAACCGCGCAGCCGCUCAAACAUCACGCGAACGCAAGAUACUGGAGAUGGAGAAGCUUUUCAUCGAGAAGAUCCGCAUGGAACAACAGAAUCAGUUCCUUUUUCAGCGGCUAUCACAGAUGGAGACCGAGAACAACCGCCUCAGUCAACAGGUGGCUCAACUCUCCGCUGAGGUUCGCGGAUCUCGCAGCGCCACUCCCAAAGCCAGCUCUCCCGCCAUUGAAUCUCUCACCGUCACGCCCACCCUCUUCAAGCAGGAAGGCGACGAACUCCCCAUGGAACGAAUCCCAUUCCCCACCCCUUCUGUGACCGACUACUCCCCCUACCUCAAGCCUUCCACUCUGGCUGAAGCCUCCGACGCGACACAACAUCCUGCAGCGGUGUUGUGUGACCUGCAGUGUCCGUCGGAGGUCUCGAAGGAGCUGGAAGCGCCCUUCCUCUCUUCGACCUUUCCGAAGAACCUUCAACUGCAAAUGACGUUGCAGCUCCUCUUUCUGACGAUGACUUCCGCCGCCUGUUCAACCAUGAUUCACCCGCUGAGCCAAAUUCUUCUUUCCCUGAAGACGGGUUUGCCUUUGAUAUUCUCGACGGCGGAGAUCUAUCAGCAUUUCCCUUUGAUUUUAUGGUUGAUUUCGACCCCGAGUCUGUCGUCCUCGAAGGCGUCCAGUCGUCCGGUGUUUCGGAUGAGACUGCUCACCAGACUACUUGCUUGCAGCCCAGCCUUGGCGCGUCCACUUCGCGAUGCGACCUGCAGAGCAUUGCAGCUAGCGGUUAGUGAGCAUUUCUCCCCGACCUGGUCGGCUGGUGCCCCGGAGGCUCGACCGAGUUGGGAGUUGUUGUUGACCAUGGCCUGGGCAAUCGAUACUCUCGGUCUGUCGCAACAGGGUAGUAUUUUGAAAUCCGGUCGGCGACGUAUUAACGGAGAGCAUCGAGUUUCACGGAGUUCCAGUAGUUCUCGCAGAUUAUCUCUGCUGAGCAAACGCUGA